AUGCGAUGCGCGAGCAAGGCCGCCGAGAGCGCGUCUGCACGUCUCUGCGCUGGUCAUGAAGACACUCGUGUCUUCACAGAGUACGAGCUCGGUGUCUCGUACUCUCCUGAUACGGAUGACGGAUCCGUAUCGACGGCAAUUGAAUCCAAGCCGCCUGCCAAGCGUGGCAUGGACGAUGCUUUGCGUCGCAGCAUCUUUGGUUCAUCUGAUGAGUCAGAUGAACCAUCGCCGAAGCGAAGGCGCUCGAGGUCGCGAGACUCGGGCGCUAAUAGUGGUGUCGUUUCUCCAAUGGACACCACUUCACAGCGAGGUGCCAGUACUUCUGUCGGCACGUCGCAGGAAGAGCGGGACCGCAAUGUGUUGCGUCUCGCUCCAGAAAAGAAGGCAUGGAUGCCUCCUAAAUCCGUCAUGGAUCACUUGUCGGCGACGACGAGUGAUCGUUAUCGAACACGAUUGUUCGAUUCGUCAGGGAUCCAUCACCUUGACCCCAGCGCGAAAGACUAUCGCGCUGAACAUGGAGUUCUUCAUCGAUGCUUUCUUCAGACAUCGAUGGCGUGGAACGCCUACAUCCAUAAUCUCGAGGAUGUAGGUCGUGACGCUUGGAACGACAAACUUAUCAAAGCUCGUGAUAAGUUUGAAAAGCGAACCCCGACAGGUGCACGCUAUAAGCUGCAUCGUCUGUCAAGGGAGAAAGGAUUACCCUGCCUCUCUUGGGGAGACUCGUGCCCAUGUUGUGUGAACAACUCUGCACGAGCACCUAAGGAGGCUUACCUCCUUGCCAGCCCGUGGUGGCGCGUACGUGUCUCUACUGAGAUGUACGAAGGGAUUGACAACCUGAAAUCCCUUUACGACCGUGCCGGGAAGACUUUCUCCGGCGGUCCUUCUGCGGCACAGGAUGUGUCGCGUCGUACUGCUCGACCAGACCCAGUACGUCAACCAUCAAUUGGGAGCGGGGCUCCCAAGAAUCCCAGGACGGGGGAUAGCCGCGCCACCGGACGAGGUAACUCGUCCGACGUCCGUUCACGUCGCGGUGGUUCAACAGCUGCUCAACUAGAUAGCGCUGGCCACCGCGAGAGUCCUCUAAUGGAGGUGGAGGAGGAGGAAAGACGCUCUCCACACGAUCAUGUGGAUCGGUGUGUUCCCGAGAGCUUCUUUGAUCGCGUAACGCAAGGGUUACGCGACGAUCUCGAGCAUGAGCGGAAUAGGCGUCUCCAGAUGGUGGACACUGCCUCGAAGCAUCGAGCUGAGUUUGCCUUUGCUCAGCUUGAGAACGAGAGAUCUCUGACAUCUCUUCGUGACGAGCUAAGGGUAGCUCGUGGGAUUGUUGAUCGGUCUCGGGCUGAGAUAACUGCUCUUCAGACCCUUGUUGAUGCCCACCAUCGGGAGCACAAGGCUCUCUGCGAGAUGCUUGAGCGCAAGGGCGUUCUUCAUCGGAAGAAGCAGCGUACUGAUGGUACGGCUUAA